AGGUCGGCGGCCCCGCUCGCGCUGCGGUAGGAGCGGGCGGGCUGGCCGUCAGAGCCCGGGUGCCGCUGGGACCCGAACCCGCAGGGCCACUUUAGGGCACGGCAUUGUGUGAAGCGGCCACGUCUGAGCCCCGGGGACCGAUCUGUGCCGGGGGUUUCGCCCAGCGAUCUGGGCCAGGAUAUCCCCUCCCAAGCUCUCGUCCUGUGGGCGAACGCCGCCCGGUCCUUGUGAGCACCUUCACAGCAGGAAGCGCAGAGCUACGCCCGCCCUUUCGAAAGGCCGUGAAGGGUUUGGGGUGGGCACAUCUUAGCUUGCCCCAUCCCGAUUUGAGGUCUGUCGACGCUGCCCUUCAGCGUGAGCACCCAGGAUGGGAACGCCUGCCUCUGUGGUGAGCGAGCCGCCCCCCUGGCAGGCCCCGGCUGAGGCCCGGGGCCGCAAGCAGGCCACAGCCAACAUCUUCCAGGACGCCGAGCUGCUGCAGAUCCAGGGCCUGUUUCAGCGCAGUGGGGACCAGCUGGCCGAAGAGCGGGCACAGAUCAUCUGGGAGUGUGCGGGAGACCACCGUGUGGCAGAGGCCUUGAGGAGGCUGCGUAGGAAGAGGCCCCCCCGGCCAAAACCCCUGGGCCACUCACUGCACCACUGCAGCCGGCUCAGAAUCCCCGAGCCCCGUGCUCCACUGGCCGACCCACAGAGUGGUGCCACAGAGAUGGCCUCUGGCAAUCAGUAUCUGAACUCCAGGAGGACAAGUGCCAGGAUCCGCCGGAACUGGAAGAAGCCAGGCCCCACAAGCUACCUCCAUCAGAUCAGACACUGAUCCAGGGAAGGGGCUGGGAACGGCAGUAACUUCCCCAGGAAUCACAGGGACUUUUGCCAAAGGGCCCAGGAAGUGAAGAAGGAAGACAGACUGGAGGCAGACAGCCCCACAGUGGUAAAUGGAAGGCCACUACCACUGGCCUGCUCCGUUCAGAACAGGACUGGAGGUGUCCCCUGAGCUCUACACCAUGUGGGACCCAUUCCUGCCUCAGCUCUUCCCACCCGACAGUAUACUCGGGCUGCAUGAUAUUCCCCUGGGAGUCCAGCGAUGGGCACGGAGACUGAGCAUCUCACCACUCCUGCUACUAACCCUCCUGCUACUACUGUAACCCAUGGUCCAGCCACCUGCCCACACCCCUGCCUGUCAGGCUAGUGCGAGGAAACCGUGGUUUAAGUGGCAAAAUAAAAACAUUUGCAUCAAGAA